UUUUUUUGUUUCGAUGCAGUCGAACAGCUGCAAAAUGGCCGCCCACCCGGUCUAGGUGAGGAAGAACAAGCAGAAAGACGAAUCUUUUCCGGCUUGAGUCGCGCCCUGUGUUCCUCUCAUUUACCCAGAUUGGAAACAUAUCAGCUGUGAAUAUCAAACUUCAAAGGAAUUGAUUGACUACAAAACACCAAACUUCAACAUGACAGCCCAAGGUCAAGGUUUCCUGUUGCCAUGGAUACUGCUGGUGUCAGCCUUUGUCGUUCACAUCCUCCCCACCAGUGGUAUGUAUGAAGAUCAGAUUGGGAAGUUCGACUGGCACCAGCAGUACAUCGGAGCUGUGAGGCAGGCCAUGUUCGACCAGUCCGCUCCAGUCAGCAAACGCAUCUUUGUGGGCACAGAGUCCAACGUCGUGGCAGCCAUCAACUCCCGAACAGGGCAGCUGGCCUGGAGGCAUGUGCAGGAGAGGGGAGACCCCUGGGGGGUGGAUGUGGUACUGCACAAGAACAGCAUCUUGGUGACGGUAUGCAACGGAGGGGACACAGUUCGUGCGUGGGACCCCGCCAGUGGAACUCUUCUGUGGGAGUUUCUCGGAAAAGAGGGAAACGAUUCACCAGCAAAAGCACUCCUAGUUGAAGGGAAGCAGGAUGACAGAUCAUAUGUAGAAUCGGUUGCAGUCCUGACAAAGAAGACUUUGAGGAUUCUGUCAGCAGUCGACGGCCAUGAAAUGGUGAGCACUGAGGUCUGGCCAAGCGGGGAGUCUGGGGGGACAGCUGUCCUGCACCAAGCAAGUAAUGGCCAGCUUUACUCUGUCAGCAUCUCCACCCAAUCCACUGUACAGAUUGUGUCGUACUCCCAUGUCCCUGGGAAGGGGUACGAGGCAGUGAAGAGGGUUGUUGCAGCAGGAUGGGCCUCACCACAGUCCACCCAGUGUGUGGUCACAGGAGACAACAUUCUGGUCUGCUCUGAAGCCAGCACCAACUCCCUGUACACCAUGUCACUGGUGGAUGGCAGUACUUUUUCUGCAGUCACCCUCCUGUCACUGGGAUUCAACAGCUGGCAGCCGGACAGCCUGGCCCUCAAGUCAGUACAAGUAGGGAGGAAAGAGGUCCUUCUUCGCCUGGCUAAGGAUCAUUUCGUACUCCUGCAAGCAACGGCAAGCACGUUAACUGUCCUAAAAGAUUUCCCAGAUGUGUAUACAACCACUACAGCAAGGAGUCAGGAAAGGGACAUCAUGUUCUUUGUGAAGAAAGGAAGCAAGGACGAACUUGUUGUUACUGGCUUCUACCUAGAAAAUCUGAAAGAAGACCAAGCUUUAACUCAGAUGAUAGCCCAUCAGCCACAUUUUGGGUCUCCCCAGCAGGUGACAGUGUACACAUUCCUGAAACGCGACAGUUCGACGGGAUAUCGUGCGCUGCUGCAGAUGGAGGACCAAUCACUACUGAUGCUUCAGCAGCUGCAGGGGAACCAGGGGCACGUGAUGUGGCAGCGCAACGAGGCGCUGGCAUCAAUCUCUGCCGUCGACCAGGUGGAUCUGCCUGUGUCGGAAACAGAGAGCAAGUUUGAGGAGGAGUUUGGAGAGGAGUCUGAGGAAGACCUCUCAGUCUGGCAGAUGUUUACGAGGAGAAUCACCACGCAGCUGGAACAGCUGAAGGAUCUGGCCGACAAGUUUGAAGAGUACAGGAGGCCAAAAGCUAAACAAGUGGAGAAACAGCUGGAGAGGGAUCCCUUCAACCUCCGCAAGAUGAUCGUGGUGGUCACGUCUGCUGGUAAGCUGUACGGACUGGACAGCGCAAACGGCGAUGUCGUUUGGCAGUACUUCCUACCAAACAUCCAGUGCUUCAGCCAAGGCGAGAUGUACCUGUUCGUACAGCGGACCACAGCGCACUUCCCCCACCCUCCACAGGCCAUGCUGGUGGCUCAGGAAAAGGCCACGGGGAACGGGCUCGUCUUUACCUUCAACCCUACCACUGGGCAGCCUGUCAACACAAGCUUUGCCUGGGGAACUCCACAGCCUUUCAAAGUGCUGCAGGCAAACCUUCUCCCUGUGAUGAACAACCACCACCUCCACCCGGUCAUGAUUGUUGACUCUGAUCAUGGGGUCCACAUCUUCCCACCUUCCCCCUCAGUCUUGUCUGUCCUCAAGAAAAACAAUGGGAAGAUUUUCCUCCAUGCUGCCGAUCUAGCGAAGAGCACACUGACGGGUUUUAGCCUCACCACAUUACAGGACGGGAAAGUGGAGCUCUCUCAAGCCUGGCAUCUCAGCCUCCCCAUCCCAUCCCAGAGAAUUGUAAGUGUUGUACCCAGGAGAGCCAAUGAGCACGUCCACUCCCAGGGGCGGGUGUUGAGUGACAGAAGUGUCAUGUACAAGUAUCUGAACCCCAACCUCCUAGCAGUAAUGACUGAGGGCAUAGAGAGAGAUGUUCCUCUGUUGACUCUGUAUCUGGUAGAUGCAGUCACAGGACAGGUGGUGUACAGCAUGCAGCACAAGCGAGCCAGUGGGCCAGUCCACCUGGUUCACUCCGAGAACUGGGUCGUCUAUCACUACUGGAACGGGAAGUUCCGCCGACACGAGGUGACCGUCCUGGAGCUGUUUGAGUCGCAGGGGGACAGGAACUCCACCACGUUCUCGUCCCUCUCCACCCAGAGCCUCCCUCUGGUCCUGCAGCAGGCCUACAUCUUCCCCACGGGACUCACCGCCAUGGCCGUCAGCAACACGGAACGUGGCAUCACCGCACGCAGCCUGCUCCUUGCCCUCCCGAACGGUGGCCUCAUGACGCUCCCUAAGAACAUCCUAGACCCUCGCCGCCCCAUCAUCCCCACCAAGCAGCACCAGGAGGAAGGGGUGUACCCGUACAUCCCUGAACUGCACAUCAACCCAAUGACACUUCUCACAUAUAACCAGUCUGUAGAGGGGAUACGGGGGAUUCAUAUAGGAGCAGCAGGGCUAGAGUCUACCUCUGUUGUGCUAGCAUAUGGUUUAGACUUGUUCUACACCAGGAUAAUGCCAUCUCAAAUGUUUGAUGUAUUGAAAGAAGAUUUUGACUACUUCUUUAUCAGUUCUAUAUUGUUAGGUCUGGUCAUGGCCACACUGAUAACUCAUCGCCUAGCUGCCAUGAAGACACUGAAUAGGAGUUGGAGAUAGGGACACUGUGGGGAGGGAACAACAUCAUACAUGUUCAAUUACAUGUACAUGUAGCAUGAAAAAUUAUGUUUGAUGAUAAGGGACUAAACAGUAGCUUCAGUUCCAAUACAAAGAUCAGAGUUAUCAAACAAUUUUUAAGCCUUUAUUCAGGAUUUGUGAUAUUUCAGUUAUUAUUUUCAAAAAGUCUGCCUCUGAUACAAACUCAUUACUGUUGUUGGGGUAGGCUGAAAAUUUAGCAAAGCUGAUUCCUCUUUGUAAUAUGGUAACAAAAUUCUGUCCCAUAAUGUUAUACUGGUGUUUACAUACACACAUUGUGUUGUACAUGUAUAUAGUAAAUUGUUCUGUUGAAAACUUCUGUGCAAUUUUUGUUUGUGAGUAUUGCUAAAGAAAACAAUGUGCAUGUAGUUUUAUUGAAUUUAGAUCACUUCAUGUAUUUGCAAUAAUGUAAGAAUGUUUAAAAAAUGCAGAUCAAAAUUCUUGAGUUACGGAGAAGGAUAGGAACAUUUGGCAAGGCCAGAACGUACCAGACUAGUAUGAAUGGCUUAAGGUAAUUUCAAAAAUUUUAUGGAGAGACUCUUUGGUAAGGACUACAAAGAACAGCAGGUCUGGUGUAAGUUGGUGAGGACUUGGCAAUUGUAGUGAUUGGAAUUUUGGGUUUUUACGAACCAUAUAGUAUUUACAUAUUCUACUUGCCCAUCAUAUAAAAAAAGGAUUGCUGGCCCAGAUAGCCACCACUGGGCCCUCAUUGACAGGAGUCUCAGGCAGUGACAAACAUAACCAUAUCCUCCACAGAACUCACAAGAGAGAAGUCCACAAGUGUUGGUAGUUCCCUGAUGUUUGCAGAACUUUCGUUCUUUAUGGCACUGAUCUGAGUCUUGUGAAGUUAGAAUUUAUUCCCAGGAGUCAACAGUGUCUAAUUGUUUUAUAGUUUCCAUAUUUGGGUGGAAUCUGAACUGGCAAAAGUUAGUGUUUACAUUGGUACUAAUCAGGUGGAUGUCCAGUUUGAAUAAAACUAAUGUAUAAUAUUUCAGAGAAAACUGACCUGAAUUUUGUUGUUUCUAAGGAAACAUGUAAAAAUUACAAAGAAAGGUCCAAGAAGAAUGUUGUGCAGGAAGUAGAGACAAAAUUACAGUAGGCAGUGAAAUUUGUAUUGAAGACUUUCCUCUUGGACGGUAGUCUUUGUUUCAAGUAUUUAUUUAUAUGCAAGAUGUAUUGAUUAAUGUUGUAAUAUUUUUUGGUUGUAAACAAUUUUGCAUGUGUGAUGAAUAAAUAUCAUGAUUAUGAUCA